CGAGCUCAUGAUCCUAGCCCGUGUGGCUUCCUACUUCAAUGCGACAGAGAAGCCCGUUGAUGCGCCUCUGAACUACAUUGACCAUGGCGAGGACGCUGCAAGACGGUCGACAGAAAUGCCAUCCCAGAAUACCCGAGACCUCCAGCCCGCUGUGUCCCUGCCAAAGGCUCUAGAGGUUGACCAGGAGGAUGACCGUCCUCCGUUCACUCAUGCCAUGUUGGCUGGUGGUUUGGGCGGGUGCUUGGGAGACAUGUUGAUGCACAGUCUGGAUACAGUGAAGACACGGCAACAGGGUGAUCCACACAUGCCGCCCAAAUAUACCAGCAUGGGGAACACGUAUUGGACGAUCUUGAGGCAGGAAGGCAUCGGACGUGGCUUGUAUGGAGGCGUCACGCCUGCUUUCGUCGGCUCGUUCGUGGGCACCGUCAUCUUCUUUGGAUGCUACGAGAGCAGUAAGAGGGCCAUGAUUGACUACGGCGUGACGCCAAGCGUGGCCUACUUUGCGAGUGGAUGGUGUGCCGACUUGGCUGCUAGCCCACUGUAUGUGCCCACGGAAGUGCUAAAGACAAGACUCCAGCUACAGGGCAAAUAUAACAACCCGUACUUCACGUCGGGCUAUAACUAUCGGAGCACCAUGCAUGCAUUCAGGACCAUAUACCGCAUGGAAGGAUGGCGAGAGCUGUUCUCAGGCUACAAAGCGACCCUUCUCCGAGAUCUGCCCUUUUCGGCACUACAAUUCACAUUUUACGAGCAAGAGCAAAGAAUGGCAAAGGAAUGGGUGGGACCUGGCAAGGAGAUUGGGCUGCCUUUGGAGAUUCUCACGGGGGCGAGCGCGGGUGGCAUGGCCGGUGUGUUGACGUGCCCCAUGGAUGUGGUGAAGACGAGAAUACAGACAGAGUUGGACCCUGAAGUGGUCGCCAAGGCGAGAGGAAAGUCACCAACAUCAAGCAAAACCGAGGGCACACCUGCCAGGACAACGACGCCCCCGACGCACAGAAAACACAGGUCGACGCCAGCUUCGCCUUCGCCGACCCAGCGCAGACCAAUAUCGACCUCCGGCCCGGGCACAGCGCUUAAGCACCACGGACUAGUGCCGCUUGACACAGAGUCGGUGUACAAGGCAUUGAAAAUCAUCUAUCGCACGGAAGGUUUUGCAGGCUGGUUUCGUGGCGUGGGGCCUCGAGGCGUCUGGACGAGUAUACAAAGUGGGACCAUGCUUGUGGUCUACCAAAAGCUCCUGAGAUGGUUCGAUGCCAAUCCACUGGUCAAAGUCGACCCAGAAGAUGGAUUGCGGGGAAUCAGUUGAGCGGCAAAUACCAGAGGCAACAAUGUACAAUCAAUCAAUCAAUCAAUCAGAUGCAUAGCACGGCGCCUGGGACAGACAGCUCUUGGUAUAGAGCCUCUUGCAAUCGCUUACCUUAUGUACAGCUUUAUUCUCUACUACUACAGCACCUCCAUACAUCACUUCUCGAGGCAAUUACAUAUAUGAGC